AUGACGAAGCUUGUGCGUAAACUCAAGCAGAUGGCCAAAAAGAGGGCCCAUCGCAAGACUGUGCAGAAGCGAAAGAUGGAGCGAGAACAGAAAAAGAUUGAGGAGAAUGAGAAACGCAAGGAAGAGGAAUUAGAGCGGGAAACAGAUCUUGAGAUGCAGCGACUCGCAGGCGGUGAAGAUCUCACAGGGGCAAAUGAAGAGUCUACGGAUAAUACUACUACUACUACCACAACAGCAGGAAGAGCGACAACAGAUGAUGCAGAACUGAAUAAGAAAAUUGUGCGAAUGGUGGGCGGACUCGUGCUGGAGGCCCCGCAGAAAAAAUCAAAGAAACAGAUGAGCCGCAAACAAGCAAAGAGGAAAGAAAAAUUACAAGAGCGUGGCCUCGAUGUCGCAGCGAGGUUAGACCGGAAGUGGGAUACUAAAAAAAGACGAGUAAAGAUACGUGCACAGGUUCGUAAUGAAGAUCUUCAUAACUAA